AGGGGACCCAUAACCUUGGAUGAGGGGAAUAGAAAGUGUUUGUGUGUGUGAAAAAGUGUGUGUGUGUGUGUGUGUGUGUGUGUUUGUGUGAUAAUGAGAGAGUGGGUGGGUGCAGAAAAGGAAGUGGCAGAGAAGGUAGAAGUAAAGACAGAACGACAGAAAGCAACAGCAACAGAUGAGAGAAAAGGAAGAAGAGAGACGACCAAAAAGAGGAGAGGAGGAGGACGAAGAGAAAGACGGGACAAAGGAUCGAGGGAGUGAAAAAAACAUAUAAAGCAUGGUGUUGUGAUGAACACCUAAAAGAUCGACUCAGACACACAAAAAUACACUAUGAGUACGUCAGCAGCGUGCUCAGCCUCCCCUCCUGCUGAGGACCCAACCACACCCCCACCAAUGACCACACCUCCUCGCAAAGCCUCAGUCCGCCUGCAGGAGAGGCGGGGCUCCAACCUGUCGCUGCUAUUGGACGUGAGCAGCCUAGGGGUGGAGCCUGUCUGCUCUGUCUCCACCCCAAAGGAGGUGUGGCUUCAGCUGCUUCACACCUCCUCCCGACCCCUCACACACACACUGCUGCAGCAGGCUGCCAUGGACACACACACCCUGAAUGCAGAGUACCAGAAGAUCCCUCCGAACUUUGUGAGCGCUGCAGAGCUCGACAUUCCAGGACACACGAUUAAAGACAGAUAUAAAACCAUCCUACCCAACCCUGAGAGCCGGGUGAUCCUGAGGAGCCCAGAGGAAGAGGCGGAGCCAGACCGCUACAUCAACGCCAACUACAUCAGGGGUUACAAAGGGGCGCCAAGGGCCUACAUCGCCACCCAGGGGCCGAUGGUGCACACUGUGGGGGACUUCUGGGACAUGGUGUGGCAGGAGAGGAGCAGCAUCAUCGUCAUGGUUACCAGACUCAAGGAGAACAACGAGAAAUGUGAGCUGUACUGGCCACAGCCAAGGGAGAGGACACAGAGGGUGAGGGAGGAGGACGAGGACGAGGAGGGGCCGAGGGAAGAAGACAAAGAGGAGGGAGAGACGAGUCAAUUCGGCAGAUUCGUCCUCAGAGUGAGAGACAGCCAAGAGAAAGACGGGUUCACUGUCACAGACAUGGAGAUCCAGCUGUGUUCAGAGCGUCGUCCCGUCAGACACUACUGGUUCACCUCGUGGCCCGACCACCACAUCCCACAAUGCACCGCUCCUCUGCUUCGGCUGGUCGAGGAGGUGGAGACGUACAGGAAGUCCCUCCUACCGACCUGCUCUCAACCAAUCACAGACCCCAUCUCCAGUCCUGGACCAGUCAUCGUCCACUGCAGUGCAGGUAUCGGCAGGACAGGCUGUUUUAUAGCCAGCAGCAUCGGCUGUCAGCAGCUCACAGAAACAGGUCAGGUUGACAUCCUGGAGACGGUUUGUCAGCUUCGACUCGACAGGGGCGGUAUGAUCCAAACAACAGAGCAGUACCAGUUCUUGUACUCCACUCUGGCCCAGUACAGCUCCCAGCUACAACACAACCAGGAGCAGAAUCAGAACCAGCCCAUCACACUGUCACAGAACCAGCAGGAGCAACAGGACCAAGUCAGCAUACAGCUACAAAACCUCCAGCUGGACAAUGCACAGAACCAGAGGAACUGAAACCAUACAGAACCUCUACAAGGCCAGAUACGCAGUAAGAGAAACCCAGGAGACCUCAGAACCAAGCAAACCAGAAAGAUGGAAACGGGCACUUAAACCAGCAGCAGAACCCAAAGACCUGAUGCAGUUAUGGACAGAGGAACCAGCAGUAUCAGAAGAGUCAGGAUCACACAAGAACCCCAAACUGGAACAGGAACAGCAGAGAACCGAGAGCACCAUGUUCAUCCUGGGCUGAAAAUCUCAGAAAACAGAAAUGAACCAAAAGAACCAAGUAAAAACAACACACACGUCCACAAAAUGUCCUUCCCCCCGAUUCAUAUCAGAUGAAAUCAAAUCCAAUAAAAAGGAAUGUUCUUACUCUGCAUCUCUUUGUGGAUGUCUUACCCCUCUUUAUGGGUGGUUUGUCUCUCUUUGUGGUCAUUUUGUGUGUCUCUGUGAUUGUGUUACCUUCUGACCCCUGGUCCUGUGACCUUUGACCUGUUCAGUCUUCAGUCUGUGGCUGCAGGCGGGUUCAUCAGUCCACCCAACAUGAGCGUUUGGAUUUGUGACAACUGAGGUGGUUAACCAUGGCCUUACCUGUGUGCUUUCAGUCCAACCACAGAGGCCAGCACACUGUUCAGCUACAUCUCAGGUUCAGGCUGAAAGCUCCAGAAAAGCCAGAGUGUUCCCUCCAGUUCAGCCUCUGACUGACUGAGAUCUGAACUCAGCACAGAUGGGUCUUUGCCUAAAUUUGUGCCGGAUGGACAAAGUUGCAUCCACACAGGUCUUUGCAUUGACUUUGUGUGGGAUCAGGCUCAGAGAUGGCUGCGGGGCAGUGGAGGAGCACAACAGCCAGGCCGAGUAAAUAAAAGAUAAAAAUAAUUCCACUUUUCAAAAAUGUUAUUUUGAAUUUUUCAUACAGGUAGAUGAUGUUCAGCUUGGUUUCCACGGUUUGAUGUGACUCAGGCAGCAUGUGGCUGAAAUUAGUGAUGCAAACUUUGUGUUUUUCUGCUGACUGGUUUCAACUGCGGGCAGAAAACUGUCUGUGUGACGACACGUAUGAAGAGGUAAGUGUGAGAAUGUGUUUUUUCUAAUGUGGGUGAACUGAGCCUUUGAAGACCACAGGCUGUUGGAUAUUCAGAGCUCUGGGUGGAGUCUUGCUUUAAAACACGAGUAAAAGCUUGUUUUUAAAAGUGACUGUGAAAUGAAGACUCUA